GACCCAUGUGCGGGCGGUGUUGCCGCAACGUAAAAGAAUUAACUUCAUAGGUCAAAAAGGGGUGCCCACUCAGAACGUCUUGGCCGCUUGCGAUUUCAAUUUGUGCUUCACGUUUGUGUUGCCGGGAAGUAUGGGCACCACGCACGACAGCCGCAUACUAGCCCGCGCGGUGCAUAGUCCGAACGUAUACUUUUCGGAACCGGCUGACGGGAAAUAUUACUUGGUGGACUCGGGAUUUGCAUAUCAGUCGGGGUACAUGGCACCGUACAAAGGGUCGAAUGUAUGUUAUCACUUCCAAGAAUUUCACGAUCAUUGUGGCGACAAACGUCGAUUUCGUAAUGCACGCGAGAGGUUCAACUUUCAUCACUUAUCAUGUCGAAACAUUAUUAAGCGUGCAUUUGGAGUCUGGAAGCAAAGAUGGAAAAUUCUAGACAGGAUGCCUAGUUAUUCAUAUCAAGCCCAAAUCGUUGUGGUCAUGGCAGCAAUGGGAUUCCAUAAUUCUCUGCGACGCAACGGACAGCUCGAUGAAGGAUUCUGCAUGGCCAAUAAAGUUGACGAUGAAGAAGUCGAGGUUGAGUUACCCGAUGAGGAAGACGAAGCUGCAGCGGAAGAGGAUGCCGUUGUGGACGAGAAUGUGUCGUGGACCCAGUUACGAGAUUACAUAGCGCACACCAUACGUUGA